GCGACGCAGCAACGCACGACAAUGCAAUCAAGCGACUAUACUCGACAUGGAGAUCAAAAACUUGUACCCAAAAUUAUUUUGAAAUAGUUCAGAACAGUUUAGAUGAACAUCAGUGAGCUUUCGGAUUGGUCGUGUUUUUUGGAGCUUACCUUGUAUCCGAGCGAUCCCAGUAAAAUCAAAGUAGUAAACACUGCAAGCAACUGGAUUUUUCCCCAAGUAUAGAACAGCCAAUAAAUGUGAAAAUAUGCAAGUGAAAAAAAUUUUGAAGUCCCAGAUUUUCAGAGAAGAAAAUUCUUUUGAAAUGUUACAAACAGUGAACAGUGAAAGUUAGACCGUUUCGAAAAUAAGGCGAUUGAAACUGUUCAAAAAUUACUGAUGUGGCAUACUAAAAGUCACAAUGCUGUUGUAGGAUCUCAAACAAUGAAGUUGAUUUUCAAAAAUAAAAGUGCUAUAAAAAAUCUUGUCUUCAAUUCGAACAUUUCGAACGCAUAAACAAAUGUGAAAACAAAUAGAAGUACUUAAAACGAAGAGCAAACUUGUUGAAUUCAGAAGUGCUUAAAAGUGAAAGUCUCAAAACUUGAAUUUAGUGAAUCUAAGUUAUUCGAUAGUGUCAGCUAGUGAAGCACACCGAGCGAUUAAUCGGGACGUACAGAGUAGUAAAACCAUUAACGAUUUGGAUAUCACGGGCGAAGAUGCCAAUUGAAGCGGAAAAUUCGUCAAGUGAAGAGCUGCAAUUUAUUUAAAUUUAUGAAAAAUAUAUCUACACAAAUAUAAACAUAAAACGCAAAUAGUCAAGUAAACUUCCCAAAUAGUCAAACUUAAGGGAAAGUACAAGCAAACGCAAAACUUAGAGAAGACGGUUCUUAACAACCAUAAAAACUACAACAACAACAUAACAUUACAAUUAUAUCUACAACUACAACUAAGAGAAAACAAUUGCAAUCAGUUGGAGAAAAAUAAUUAAUUUCAAAAUAAUAGCAGUCACAGCAACAAGAAUAACAACAACAGCAUAUCCAUAAGAGUGAAAGCAAGUCUUUGGGGACGCUUUCAACAGCGCCAACGCAACACCCACACAUACACGGACACGGAAACGGAAACGGACACAGUCAAGCCAGUCGCGAAGAUGGACGAAACACAGCAUUUCUGUUUGCGCUGGAACAACUACCAAAGCAGCAUAACGUCGGCGUUUGAGAACCUGCGCGAUGACGAAGACUUCGUCGAUGUGACACUGGCGUGCGAGGGGCGCAGCAUCAAAGCGCAUCGCGUCGUCCUGUCGGCGUGCAGCCCAUAUUUUCGCGAUUUACUCAAGAGUACACCUUGCAAGCAUCCGGUGAUCCUGCUCCAGGAUGUCAACUUUCUCGAUCUACACUCGUUGGUGGAAUUCAUAUAUCACGGUGAGGUGAACGUGCAUCAAAAGUCUUUGCAGUCCUUCCUAAAGACGGCAGAGGUACUUCGAGUCUCGGGUCUCACUCAACAGCAGGCCGAGGAAACCCAUAGUCAAUUAGCUCAAAUACAAAAUCUGGCGAAUGCCGCUAAUGCCACACGCACUCCACUUAACUCACACCACACAUUGCUCGAUGAGCCGCCGCUAUAUCCACGCAACAGCGGCUCACCACCGCCACCCCCACCAUCCCAACAGCUGCCAUUGGCAUCCACACACAUCAACAGCCAGUUGUUUAAGCGCAGCAUGGCCAUGCUACGUCGCGAGAGGAACAACUCCACACCAUCGGCCGAGGACUCGAAUAAUGCCAUGAAACGCCUGCGAGGACCCGACAACGGUUUGCCGUCUAGCAACAACAACAGUCCCGAAAUAGUACAUCAACGCAGCGCAUCACCCCAAUUGACACCGGCCGAUUUCUCAACCAUCAAGCACAACAAUAACAACACACCGCCGCUGAAGGAAGACAAACGUAAUGGACCAUCUGGUAAUAACGGCAAUAGUGGCAAUGGCAACUCGGACACUGGCAACGGAAACGGUAUCGCAAAUAAUGACAAAGUAGGUAGUAGCUUAACUUCCUCACCGCUUACACGCACCGUCGACGAUGUCAAAUCGGAACCCAUGGAACUAGUAUGCUCGAAUAACAAUCCGACAGUAGUCGAUGAGCACAGUAACGACUCCACCGGUGAGCAUGAAGCGAACCGAUCAAGCAGCGGCGAUGGCGGCAAAGGUUCUUUGAGUUCGGGAAACGAUGAGGAGAUUGAUAACAACAUGCCAACACAUCCUCCACCCCCAUAUCUGAUGUCACCGGCAGAGAGCAAAUUAUUUUCACCGGCCGCCUUCAAUUUUCCCAUGAGCGGUCUAGAUCCUGCCACGUUAGCUGGUUUUAACUCGCAACUACAGUCAGCCGCCGAAAUAUCAGUUUCUCCGCAAGCCUCAAGUAUCUGUGGCCUUAACCUCACUACUUUCACCGCCAACUGCAGUGUCUCGAACAACGGCAAUGGCAGCGGUGGCGCCAAUUGCAGCAGCAACAGUGCCAGCGGCAGCACCUCGAGCAACAAUACAUCCAACAUCUUGCCCGCCGCACUCAUGCAGGCCAAUUCCCAGCACCAGCACCAGCACCAUCAUCACCACCACCACCAUCAGCAGCAGCAGCAUCAACACGGCCAGAACUCUGGGAGCAAUACCGGCAAUGGCUGCAACAAUGGCAACGGCGGCCUUAGCAACGCCACCAGCGCCGUCCAGCAGUCGCAAAUGUUUGUCGCCGCCGCUGCAGCUGCCGCUAUGGCCAACAUGGCGGCAGCGUCCAGCAGCGCGGCUGCCAACACCUCCGCCGGUAGUCUGAACACUUCGGGCGUCGGAGGCGGCGGCGGUGGCGGCGCUGACGAAUUUCGCUGCGAUCCGUGCAACAAGAAUCUGUCAUCUCUAACCCGCCUCAAGCGCCACAUACAGAACGUGCACAUGCGUCCGACCAAAGAACCCGUCUGCAACAUCUGCAAGCGUGUCUACAGCUCGUUGAACAGUCUACGCAAUCACAAGAGCAUCUACCAUCGCAACCUGAAACAGCCGAAGCAGGAGACCAUCGGCGGCGCUGAUAUGGCCCAGUCACCGGGCUUAGCCAGCGUGGCCGUGAUGCAUAACUCCUACUAUGCGCCGGUCAACCAUCGUGGAAGCACCAACCUGCUUGGCGGCGUUAUAAUACCCGGUGGCAGUCCCAAUACAAGUAGUAGUAGCAACCAAAAACUGCAACAUGAACAUCUCCACCAUUCCACCACUACCACCACUACCACAACCACAGCCACCACAAGCUCCGCUCAUCAGUUCCACCACCACCAUCAUCAGCAGCAACAACAUCACCAACACCUUCAUCAUCACCACCAACAACCGGAAGCAUCAUCUCCGCACCACCAACAGCAAUUGCUUCCCCAGCAUUUGCGCGGUGACCGAGACUCAGACCGUUCGAACACCGACUGCAGCCCGCACUCGCCAAUCCACCGAAUGCCGAAGCGACCAGCCAGUGAGCAGCCACAUCACACACAAUCCCACCUCUCGACGGCAUCCUCCCCGUCAGAUGUGAUUGCGUCCACACCACCGCCAUUGCCAGCACCACAGCACAUGAAACCACCUUCACCGCAUCACUCCCACCAGCAUCCGCAUUUUGGCCAUCAACAGCUGCCACUAGGCAUGUUGCCAUCGCACCAUCUACACGCACAUCACGAACUAAGCGCGUCCUCGCACCACCACCAUCACUUGUCGCGCACCGGUUCACCUCUGGACCAUCACCAUCUACUACACCACCGCCGCUCCUCGCUCUCACCCUCGCCCACCGGUCGCGGUUCAGGCGGAUCCGCAGCAGGCAUACUCUCGUCGACGCGUGGAGGUGAUAUGGUGGGCGGAAGCAGUCGGCUGCUACUACCGCUGCCACUAAACGCCUGCCACCGCUGCGACGUAUGCGGCAAAUUGCUCAGCACAAAGUUGACGCUGAAGCGGCACAAGGAACAACAACAUUUGCAGCCGCUCAACAAUGCCGUUUGCAAUUUAUGCCACAAAGUCUUUCGCACGUUGAAUAGCCUCAACAACCACAAGAGCAUCUAUCAUCGCCGUCAGAAGAACCACCACUCCUACUUUCAUCACAGCGCGGUGGGCGGCGGUGUGAGCGGCAGUCCUAGUAGCCGACUGCAUCAGUCGCUCAGCUCGCUGAGUGCCGCAGCAGUUGCCAAUAAUAGCGUCGGAGCGGGUGGCAACGGCAACGCAGUGGCAGCAGCAGCAGCGGCCGCUGCCGCAGCAGCCGAGUUAUUACUCUCGCCAAUAGUAGGCGCAGCAGCGGUGGCAGGUGGGGGCAGCGCCGGACCCGGAGUGCAGCUCUCACAUGGUGGCCAGCAACAGUCCUCACCCAAUAUGGUGAAGCCCUGCAUGGACUUCUUAUAAGAUCAACAUCAUCUGCUGCAGCAGCUCUUCCAUGUUGCUCUGAACGCUCCACAGCCGCCACCACCACCUUCGCUGUCUGCAAGCAUGAGUCCCUUGUCCGCCAUGGGGCAAGGUCCAAUGCCAGUUACAUCAAUGGUUGAUUUACAGUAUGGCCAUCAACUGCCGCCAACCGUAGACCUAACACAGAUGGAUCAUUACGGCGGAGCUGGCAGGAACAGCGACGGCAGUGGUGGUGUAGACCGAGGAGGGGACCAUUAUGAGCGCAUUAAUCUAUUAGAGCACUAAGUAGCGCCCCAAAGCAGUAGAUCAAAUUGUUCUACGGAAACUAAACCUAUUACCGACAACCAACUAAACCGACCGUACCGAUCACGUGAUCGGAAAAAAAUGAGCAAUAAAAACAAAACUCGAAACAAAAUGUUACCAAAAAAGUGAAAAUAGAGCUGAGGCUCCCACUAAAAAGUUCUAAGCGCAGUGAGAGACCGACCGACCCUCCCACAGUGAAACGAGCUAAAGAUUUUAGUAUGAAAAAAAUAACGGAACACAAAAAAAACUCAGAAAUAUGCAAAAAAAAAAACAUUGAUAAAGGAAUUAACUAAAACAACUGAAUUGAAAAAAGCAAGAAUGCAAAACUGUGAUUUUUUACAUCUCUUUUUUGAGUUUAUGAACAAAAUAUUAAGAUAUAAUUUUUCGAUGUACAACAUCAAGGACUCUUAUAUGUAAGCGAAUGCACUGUGGACAUAUACAUAUUAAUUUAAUUUAAGCUAGAGAUAACGGUUUGGUCCAGAUCCCUAAGGCACGGAGUACUGCACACACGCACUCUGAUAAGGACUAAGCGGACAUUAGGUAUUGAUAAUGGUGGGACGUGACUUUUAGAAGUCCCUCUCUGCUCUUUCAUACCGAAACUUCAUAAAACAAACAAAUACAAAACUGUGUGAAUAUCAGGGGUUGGGCGAAGAUUGAAGCCUGUUAGAGCAAUUUUAUUUUGUUUUCGAAUUCUGAUUUUGAUUAUUGAACAUAUUGUUGGCGCACAGUUUUUGGGAUUUCAACUUGGCGCGCUCAGAGCAGUUGGACACACACACACAAAGGCAUGUGUUUCGAAUUCGAACCCAAAGCAAACUACUUUAAUACAAUGACAUAAACAGCAACAACUAGCAACAUACACACACACACAGAAACACUAAAACAUACACACAUACAUACAUAUGUAGGUAGAAUGAUAAUAUUGAGAUGUGCAAUUUUUAUUUGUUGACAAUACAAAUUUAUUUAGUGUUAGUACUAUGUUUUCUCGUUAUAUACACAUACAUACAUACAUAUAUAACUUUAUGUGUAUAUAUAUUGAUGUACUAAUUAAUGUGUGUGAAGGGGGAAAAAGGAAUUAAUGCAAGCAAAUAGUGAUUAAAUACGGCCGUUACCAGUUAACCAACAUGACCCACGAGCUGCACAAAGCACCACCCACACACAUAUAUACAAACAUACAUACAUACGCAUUUCGAAUGCGAACUUUUCAAUGGACUCAUUUCGGUAUAGAUAAAUGUACAUAUGUAAAGCUCUUGCAACAACAACAAUUGUUACUGCAAAUGUAUAGGAAUAUGACUUGUAAUAGUUUCGCAUCUCCUUAAUGUUACAAAUACAUACGUACAUGCCUGCGCAUAUAUGUGACGGCCACUGUAAAAACUAUAUGUAUACAAACAUACAUUUAUAAAAUUCUUCAUAUAGCCAAUAACAUUUAAGCGUUUACCUACUCACACAUACAACUGUAUAUAUACACAUGCAACGACGCAUAUGUGUGUGGCUAUGCGGAAUAUUCAAGAUUCGCAUGCAGAGCAUAGGAUUUUCGAAGUUUUAAACUAAUUAGGCUAAGGAUAGGUAGGGAGGGCAUCUGCUGUUCGGUAAGCACUCAUACAUAUUUACACACACACACACACACGUAGUUAUAUAAAGAACUAAAGGAGUAGAACUACUCCUUUGUACAUAGGCGAUAAUUAGAUGGUAUGUACACGCAUACAUAUGUACAUAACUGUGUAUAAAUAUUAGCAACUUUAUUUGUUUUAUGUUCUUGAAGACGUUUUCGAAAAUUGGAGUAUUAAAACAAAUAUUUUUUUAACAAUUUUACAAUUCAUGGAGAAAUCAUUAUAUCACAAGGGCCUUUUUCGUCACUUUUUUCGUGCUUUUUUGACGGAACUCAAAAGUUUUGAAUUGACUCAGAAAUUUUAAUUUUAUAAGAUCCGAUGGCAGAGUAGUUAUUGUCGAUAAAAAAUUUUUACUAUUUGGGAUAAGGCAGUUUCAUGUCAGCGGAAGCAAGAACUGAUAGAUUUAGGCAAAUUAUAAAAACAGAUUUAAAUCUCGAGCAAAAAUUAUUAUUUUUUAGUUCUGCUCUUGGGCAAAUUGGUAUACUUGUACAUACACUUUUUUGGUAUAUGUAUGUAUAGAACUCUAUCGGUAUUGUGAAAUUUAUGACUAAAAAUUGUGAUUCGUGAUUGAUUGGCAUGAAGGGCAUGUGGAGUGUGUUUGACACACAAACACAUGCUUAUAUUGAAUCAAAAUUUUUGCGCUUAGCUAUAGAAAUUCGAGAAAAUGAAGAAAGUAAUCUAACAAUUUUCAUUUCAUUUAAAGAAGACUGAGAAUUGGCAUUUCGAAAGAAGUAAAAUUUAAAAACCAAAAAUUAUUUCACAAAAUUUUUUUUAUUUUGUUUAUGAAAUUGUAUAAUUUGAGCGAAAUAAUAAAAAGAAAUCGCUCGUAAAUAAUAUUUGAUACUUAUGUUAUAUUUUGAAGGCACAUUUUAGAAGCAAAACAAAAUGUGCAAAAUUGACAAUUUUAUGAAAAUUUACUUGAAAUUUUAGUCGAACUCGAAAUUGGGUAAAUAUCCAUGUAUUAAGUAAGCAAAUGAAAUUGCAGAAAAAAUUGGGGUUUUAUAUUUAAUUUUCGAACUAAAUUUUAGGAAAAAAAUACUAGGCAUAUUCUUGGAGGUGAAAGUCUGUUUUAUUGUAACACUUUGAUACCAAAUUUUAUUAUUUACACAAAAUCAAAUAUAUGUAUGUUUUUAUUUUUACUAAAUUUAGUUUUUUUAUUAUUACCUUUGAUUUACCACCUUUAUCAUGGCACUGGCCUGAACGGCAGCGCUGUGAGGAGUUCAAAACUUUUUUAUGCUUUAUGUACGGUAUUUCUCGUUUAUAUUUACACACGCACACACAUUAGAUUUUAUAUAGUUGACAACUGAAAAGUCCACAUACGAUAUGCGAGUAAGUGUUUCGAUCCGCACGCAUACCUAUUUAUGGGGUACCGUUAACAUUAUUUCAGCAUUUCUCAUUAGAUAUGCGUAUAUACUUAGUUUGAACUAAAGUGCUUUACUAACACACUUACGAAUUAAAUUCACUAAUAAAUAUAGUUUAGAAAAUUAAUGUUUUAUAUAAUAUACUUUACAUACAUACAUAAAUACAUACAUACGAGUAUAAUCAUUAUGCGUUUGUGCAUAUGAAGGAGUAGGAAAGGCAAGAAACUGAUUUUGUAAAUGAGAAAAGUGUAUGAGAACGAUAUAUAAUAUCCAUUAAAUAGCAAAUAGAAUUUUAUAAAACUUGUAAAAAAGUGUAUGUAAUGAAACGAAUACAUAAAUAUAUGUAUAUACAUACAUAUAUAUAUGUAUAUAUGAUGAAUAUGUAUAUGAUAAAAAUGUAAACCUAAAACUUGUACACAAAAGUCUCCAGAGCGUGACAAAAGCAAAAUAAAGUUUAUAGUUCAUUACACAUGUAAGUAACGUAUGUAAGAGUAAUUUUAUUGUAAAUACUUUAAAUGCUUAUUGUAAUUAAAAGCAGAGAAAUAAUGUUCGUUUGUUAAUAUGAUUUUUUUAUUAUUAAAUGUCGUUUAUAAACAAAUUUAUAUACAAACCAAUACCAACAUACAUAGAUACAUAAUUACAUACAUACAUAUACUAUACACUUGUACGUUCAACGUUUCUCAACUUGUGUCCUUUAACGUUAAUUUUACACAUAAUACAACGCAAACGUGAGCCACUGUAGGAGAUUGAAACAAAUAAUAUAUGAACGAAACAUAAAGUACCACACCACCACACGGUGGUACCCAAACAAAAACCAAAUAGCUAUAAGACAAAUCCAUCAGAAGCAUCAGCCAACCGCCAUACAAACAUGCAAAUAUUCAUACAUAUAUACAAACACAUACCCACAAAGAUCCUGUCUGCGUCCUUCAGAUCCCAAAUCACCCAAACCCAAUUCCUUUCAGACUCACACCCGCACAAACACUUUCAUACUACAAGGUCUCCAUACACUCUCACAGCACCCCAAGUCCACCUGUCCAUCUCCAAUAAACUACUCACACAAACAUCAAGCUACUACUACUACUACAAUUACUACUGCAUACUAUAUAGCAUUAUGGAAAUAUUGAAUUCUUACAAUAAAAACAUAACAACUGUAAUCGAAACAAAAAAAUAGAA